GUUGAAUGAAUAUGUUACCAAGAAGGUUGGUGGUUGUUGUUGUUGUUGUCGUUGUGGUACAAAAGUUUUGGAAAAGAAAAAAAAUCUGCAUCAACUCAUAGCUCUUCACUAGCGUCUGCGGUAACCGAGGAGCUAUGACCAACAAGAAACCCUUCUCUUUCCUUCCAAUUUCAACAAUGAAACGAUUAAUAAACUUCCAUUUGUAUUGAGAUAUCUGUCAUUGGAUCCCCGGGACCUUUCAAGAGAGCCUCUUAUUAAACUUCGAAAAUUGCCAAGAAUCCCGAAGAUAUGGACUUCUUUCAUUCAAUUGUGGGACGUACCUGAAAUGCUGCACGCUUUGAUCGCGUAAGUACUAUUCAGUCGCAUGUGUAGGUAGGUAGUCCAUUAUUGCAGUAUCAAAACGUUAUGCAGCUCGGCCACCAACAGUAUCAUCCUCAUCCCUCCUUGAUCUUGCAAGGUGACGACGAACAUGUGCCAUGUCAGGAAGGUAUGAGGCAAUAUAUCUCUGCAGAGGAACAUAAUUUCUUCUAGAAGCCUCACGGGACUUUCCAAUUGAAAGGGAGAAUGGCGCCAUAUUGCCCCCGUGAGUCUCAUGCAUUUUCCAUUACGUUUUGAUUCCUCUACCCGGAGCCCAAAAGCCUCGAGAUUUCGCUCAACUUUUGCCUGUCAUUUGAGUAUUACGACUUGUUCGGUUGGCUCUGAAUGUCUGAGGAAUUGAAUGGAAUUCAAUGAAUUCAAUGAUUGGAUGGGCGUUUCGAAACAUGGAGCGCAUAGCAGCAUUAAAUACAUACAUAGUACCACAUGAUCUGAAAGAUUAAGGAGAAUUUAUUGUAUUACCUGGCUUGGGAAAGUAAGGCUAAGACUCUAUUUAAUAAAUUCCAUCCUUUUUCAUUCUCAUUUUGUGAUGUUGCAGGACAUACACCUCGUUGUGUUCGUCCCAUGUGGAUCGAACGUAUAAAUAUAUACUUCCCCGCAUUAUCAGAUUCGGUUUUCUCUCCCUUUUGAUAGUUUUCACCUGUUGCGAAUUCAUUUUUCAAACAAUUGUGUAUCAUCACGCAAUAAGGUGUAAUUCACUCAUUCCUGGCGCAGUUAGCUCGGGUUGAAACAAAGAAAUUUUGCGGCUAUAUUUUCAGCAGAUUCUGACAAUCACAUAAAAUAUUCUCCUUUGAUCUAAGUCCACCUCAAACGAACAAAUUCUCAAGUAAUGAAUUUUACCCAUAUCUCGAAGCAUCCUUGAUCAUUCAAAAUGGCCGCUCUACCUCAAUACCUUGCUGAGGAAGAGCUUCGACGUGCUUCGUCAUCCUCCAUCCGGUCGGCCAACCUCUCUCACGGCCGUGGCGGCGCUGGCAAUAUUGGCACUUCUCCUCAUGAUGAUGAGCCUCUCACCCUCAACACACCCACCAUCAAAAGCGACAUUUACACCACUGGUCGCGGAGGAAGUGGAAAUAUGGCGAAGAAUACAGACCCCGAAUCGGCCAGGCGAGCGCAAGAUGUCGUUGGUAAUCCAAGAAGGGAAUCUUCUUCGUCGAGUCACGUCGGUCGGGGCGGAGCGGCAAAUGUUUUCAAACCAAGCGAGGCCGAGAUCGUUGCAGCGCGCAAGGAUACCAGAUGGGAUAAUGCAAUCUCAGACGAAGAUGAGCUUGAUUACAGCAAGCCGGACAACAAGCUCGAAUCCCAGAAAGGCCUAGCAGACAAGGGAAAGGCAUGGUUGAAAGAAAGGAUGGGUAAGGCUUAAACAAUUUUAUGGAGUCUUAGGCAUGGGAUGGAAUGAUACCUGGCGUUGAUGGAUUUGAUCAAGUUUGGGAGAUAUGAGUUGCCCCUCACCGAUAGUUGAUAUUGCACAGUUUGAGCAUCGUCAUGUGGCAGAGAACUGCGGCUUUGCUUCACCAUCACAAGUCUUCCGGAUUCAACGGUUAUACGCGGCUUCUAAUAUAAUUGCAAUAAACACAUAGGCCCUCUGACCAAUCGAUACGUUGAUGCCGGUACUUGACAUACUUAUUCCUUGUCUAUUGUGAAGAUUAGCCACAUCGAGAACGUGUGUGGACGGCGAAUUUUGUAUUCUGUUGGUGGCUUUUUGGGGGCUAUGCAAGAACAUGCAUUUCUCACAACAUCAUCCAUCUCACUUGCGGAAUCAUUAUUAUGUGCUUCUUUGAUGGAAAGUGAUAGUUAGUGACUUCUUUCAUGGUACUUGUUAGGCAGUCUCAGUCGCGCGGCGCAGUUGAGACUUUUGCCAUGGCUCGAGCAUGGUUAUACUUCGUGACUGGUAACAUAUUUGAUCAUUGGCAUCCAUAUCUUACAAAGUUCUUUUGAAUGUGCGUCUGUGGCAAAGAAUGAAUAGCUUCUCGCUCAGCAUUCAAAUGGGUACCCACGAACGUACAAUAUAAGAAGUAGAUUGAAUACCUGUCACAUAUGCAACCCCGUUCAAAAUUACACUCCCGAACCGAAACUUUACAUCAUAUUCGUUAAUUUGUAAAGUCCACCAGCCACUAUGACUUAAUUAAAGUUUGUACACCAUUUUAAACAUCCCCUAUAAAAAUCUGAGAAUCGAGUGAUCUCUUCUGCUGUGCCUCGCAGUGCCUAGCACGAUGUUUUCAAGAUUAAUUAGUACACUAAAGCACAAAAGCAUUGCGGUAUGCAUUGCACAUGCUGUUUUAGAGCCCUUUGCACGAAAGGCUAGAUAUAAGGGGGGAAUCCGAUUCUCUCUCUUGCAAGGGCCUCACAAUUUCCUGAUAGUAUGCUAUCGAUAUAAUAUAUGGAACAAUGUGAUUGUACAAUAUCUAUAUAAUCUAUGUGAUAAUAUGAUUGUUGGAUAUGGAUAUAAUGUAUGAGAUAAUGUGAUUGUA